GUUGGGGAAAUUGAAGAAGCAGGGAAGCUCGUACUCGAUGCUGCGACAGAAGAUUCGCUCUGGCUUGAAACUAGACUUGAAACUGACGAAGCACUUGAGGACUCACUUGAAGCUGGUUGUUCACUGGAUGGAGCAGCUGAUGAUUGUGUUGAACCUGAGAAGGAUGAAACGAUGGAUGACUUAUCUGAAACUGAUGAGACUAAACUUGACACUGGCGCAACGGAGGAUUCACUAGAUGUUGAUGCAACGCUUGAUUCACUUUUCUGGUACGUUGGGACAAAUGACGAAGAAAAGGAGGUAUCUGAGCUUGAUGAGACUCUUGAGGAAGAAGCUGAUGAACCGACUGAUGAAGCAGCUGAAGAUUCACUAGAAGCUAAACUGGAAGCUGAGGAUUCACUAGAAGCUGAUGUAGCAAUUGAUGAAGCAGCUGAAGAUUCACUAGAAGCCAAACUGGAAGCUGAGGAUUCACUAGAAGCUGAUGUAGCAAUUGAUGAAGCAGCUGAAGAUUCACUAGAAGCCAAACUUGAGGCUGAGGAUUCACUAGAAGCUGAUGAAGCAAUUGAUGAAGCAGCUGAAGAUUCACUAGAAGCUAAACUGGAAGCUGAUGAAGCAAUUGAUGAAGCAGCUGAAGAUUCACUAGAAGAUUCACUUGAAGCUAAACUGGAAGCUGAGGAUUCACUUGAAGCUGAUGAAGCAAUUGAGGAAGCAACUGAUGAUUCACUUGAAGCUAAACUGGAAGCUGAGGAUUCACUUGAAGCUGAUGAAGCAAUUGAUGAAGCAGCUGAAGAUUCACUAGAAGCUAAACUGGAAGCUGAGGAUUCACUUGAAGCUGAUGAAGCAAUUGAUGAAGCAGCUGAGGAUUCACUUGAAGCUGAUGAAGCAAUUGAGGAAGCAACUGAUGAUUCACUUGAAGCUAAACUGGAAGCUGAGGAUUCACUUGAAGCUGAUGAAGCAAUUGAGGAAGCAACUGAUGAUUCACUAGAAGCCAAACUGGAAGCUGAGGAUUCACUAGAAUCUGAUGAAGCAGCUGAAGAUUCACUAGAAGCUAAACUGGAAGCUGAGGAUUCACUAGAAGCUGAUGAACCGAUUGAGGAAGCAACUGAAGAUUCGCUAGAUGAGCUUAUGAUCGAUGAUGGGCCAACCUGGGACUUGCUCAAAGAUGAAGUGGAGGAGGAGCUUGAAAUAAUGGAUGGGAGCGUUGCUGAGGGUCCUUCAGAAAUAGUUGUGGUAUCUGAACAGUCUAUAAAGGAAGCUAAACCAGAACAAUCAAAUUCAAGAGCAUUGGAAAACACAGGACAGUCACCCAAUGAUACCACGCCACAAACAACUUGA